GGCGUGCGGUCUACCAAAACAAGCUGGAUGUCUGCACCGAGACAAGCGUCACCAGAGUCCGGGAGCAGAGCAGGAGUUCGACCGAAUGGAGCCACCAACCCCGGCCUGAGCCUCCAGCAGAAACAAGGCAGGGCUGUCAGGCCUACUGUUAGUGGUUGGUGACAAUGGACCUCGACACCGAGCCCAGGAACAUUACCUCUUACCUCCCAGGCAGCUCCACCUCUGAGACCCAGAAGCUGGCUCCACCCAGAGGCCCAGGCUGCAGCUGGCUGGUGGUGGUAGCAGCUGGAGCCGCUUCUUUGAGCGGCCUGAUGCUGGGUUAUGAAAUGGGCCUGACCUCCGGGGUCCUGCUGCAGCUGCGCGGACUCCUCUCCCUCUCCUGCCGGGAACAGGAACUGCUGGUCAGCUCCCACCUGCUCGGCGCUCUCCUCAUCUGCCUGGCCGGAGGUCCUGUGCUCGAUCGCUACGGCCGCCGCUGCUCCCUGCUGCUGAGCGCCGCCCUGGUGGUCGCGGGGACCAUCGUGGUCAUCGCCGUGCCCUCGCUCGUCGCUAUCACACUGGGCCGGGUGAUCGUCGGCAUGGGGACGGCGCUGUCGGGCACGGCGGCGUGUCUGUACAUCGCGGAGAUCUCUCCGAGUGAGAGGAGGGGUCUGCUGGUGACACUGUUUGAGCUGAUGCUGGUUGUGGGCGUCAUGCUGGGAUUCAGCUGCUGCUACGCCUUCGCCACUCUGCCUCAUGGCUGGGCGUAUACGUUUGGACUAGUGAUCCCCCCCGCCCUGCUGCAAAUAGGUGCCCUCCUCUUCCUCCCGUGCAGUCCGCGCUUCCUGCUCACUCAGGGCAAAGUGGAGCAGGCCAGGGCGGUGCUGGUCCGAAUGAGGGGCGGGCUCAAGGAGCAUAUAGAGACGGAGCUCACAGACAUCCAGGCUGGACUAAAAGCCGAGUCAGAACACUGUUUCUGGGAGUUGUUCAGUUCCAAAUCCAACCUACGUUCCCGGCUGCUAAUGGGUGUAGCUUUAGUUUUCCUCCAGCAGGUCACGGGUCAGCCCAACAUCCUCUCCUACGCCUCCCCACUCCUCCGCAGCGUGGGCUUCAACAGUGACGCUGCAGCCACCCUGGCCUCCACAGGGUUCGGAGUGGUCAAAGUAGUGGCCACCAUCCCCGCUGUGCUGCUGGUCGACCGGUUGGGACCCAAGAGCUUUUUGUGCGCGGGUGCCAUUGCGAUGGGAAUUUCGCUGGCCGUGCUCGGCACACUGACGCUGCAAAGCCACACCCACCUCACCAGUCUGUGUAAAAGCCACCCGACACCAAACCUCACACACACCCCGUGGGAUUUAAACGGAACCUCGACAGACUUGGACGACCUUGAGGUUUUCUCCACUAGGCUCCCCGGCCAGUGGAGCGGCGAGGAGGCGCAGAGGACUAACAGAGAGGAGGAUGGGAUUGGGGAGCUGAGAGGAGGGAGGACCGAUGUAGAAGUGUCACACUGGCUGAAGUGGGCAUCACUGAUCAGUUUGCUGGUGUAUGUGGCAGCUUUCUCCAUUAGCCUCGGGCCAAUGGUGUAUGUGGUUCUCAGCGAGAUCUUUCCGAUGGGACUCCGAGGCAGGGCAGUGUCCGUGGUGUCCGCAGUGAACUGGGCCACCAACCUGCUCAUCUCCAUGACCUUCCUCACCUUCACUGAAAAGAUCGGUGUUCCCAAUGUGAUGUUCCUCUACUCCGCCAUGAGCUUUGUUCUCCUGGUGUUUGUCAUCCUCUGCGUACCUGAAACCAAAGGUCGCACUCUGGAGGAGAUAUCUAAGGAUCUGGCCAAGAAGAAGCCAUUCCAGGUGAACCUCUUUGGGCAGGUCCAGCCUAAGGAGAGUCUGAUCAGCGGCACCACGACGCCAGAGGUGCCAUCGAACAACUGAGACCUUUUACCGACUGUGGACCUCAGUCGAGCUGAAGCUUCGAGGAAAACCAACAUUUAAGUAGAGCUGUUCACACAUGCACUGAACUCCGGACAUUUUCCAGAUGUGGUGUACGAGUCUGUUGCUCCGGAUAUUUACGAAAAUAUUCUGUUAAAUGUCUGGAAAGUGUCAGAGAUCCCACGUGAGAAUACAGCAGGAAACUGUCCGGACAAUCUGCAAGAGAUGCAAACCUGGAAGAAUCCAAAUAUCUCAGGAUGAAAAAGAAGUGCCAUACAUGUAGAAGACGCCAGUGUCAACUUGGAAAGAAAAGAUUUUAGAGCUUUUAGACAAUAAAACUGAAGCAGGUGUAGAUGUGUUGUAAAUAAAAAAAAAUGUGAUUUUCUCUAUUCGAAUUUCUACAUCACAUCCCGCCUCCUGCACGUUCUACCUAGACGCCAGCCCUCACCUGGUUGUUCUGGACAGUUUCCUGUUGACCUGACACAAGACUAAAUCCUUCUACAUUCUUCCUAUGUAGAGAAUGUCAAGACCCAAUUUUCUGGACAUUUUCCAAACUUCAAGUCUGAAAACAGCUGUAAGGGCUCGCUCAUAUACAGGCAGUAGCGUCAGAUAAGGAACAUUAAUGAUUGUGUAAAUUACACAAACAGUACAGUAGUUCAAAUAAUGGAAAAGUAGUUCAGGGUUCACACUUGCUUGUUAAUAAUCAAGAGACAUUUGCACAUGGGAUUUUAUGAAAUAAUUACAAAAUUGCCAGAUGCAUUAUUUUAAUAAUAAAAAGUAAGAUAAAGGGAUUGAAUGUGAGAUUAUAUAAAAAAAAAAUAUUCUAUUCUCUAUUCCAUUUGAAUGUACUUGAAUGCUGAAAGGGAUUUUCCACCUUAGGCUCAAACCAGUCACCACGUAUGUACCAGGAUGUUUUGUGAACUGAAAUGUCAGUAGUGUGCCUGUGUGUGAGAAGUGCAUUUUAGUCUCAGGAAGAGCUAUGUGUCUCAUUUACAUUUCAACACAACAGGCUCCACUGGUUUACUGUUGAAUCCUCACAAACUAGAAAAUGUACUGAAUCCAUCAGGGUAAAUAAUUUAUUCUGUUGUGUUGUGGUACGAGUUUUUUUUUUACUUUUGUCAUUGAUGCCAAAAUGAAAACUAGUAAAUCACCAAGUCUUGCAGCGAGAAAAGAAUAAUGCACAUUUUAAUCUGUACUUCUGAAUGUAGAGAUGUAUUUAAGUCUGUCACAUUGAAAAAAACAUUAAAGGGUAUUCUGGUGAAUACAACCUCUAAUAAGGAAAUAACAAUUAAA